CAUUACUCUCUCUCUCUCUCUCUCUUGCAUUGUAACGCUUAACUGAUGUGGGAUGUUACUGUGGAUCUAUCUGACAAGGAUUCUGAGGAGAAGUUGGGACGUUAAAACAGGACACUGAGGAGGAGUUGGGACGUCAGGACACUGAGGAGGAGUUGGGACAUUAAAACAGGACACUGAGGAGGAGUUGGGACAUUAAAACAGGACACUGAGGAGGAGUUGGGCCAUUUGAUGCAGGGAUGACACCACUGAUUGCCUGGCUGAUGGUGUUUCUCUGUGAUCUGACAGCAGGGGUGGAGCGUCCUGAGGUGAUGUGUCGUCGGUCCUGUGAGGAGCUGAAUGAUCUGUUAUCAGAGCUGCAUGGCCUCCACAUCGUUACCACUAGUCUGCUGCACGACCUUCAGAGAGCUACAGAGGAGAAUGAGGCAUUGCGUGAAGCUCUCUCUGAGCUGGGCAGCAGUUUGGACAGAGAGGGAGGAGGAGAAGAUGAUGAAGAGGAGAGAGUGUGUGUGCAGGACGGACGUGUGUAUCAGCGGAAGGAGGACUGGGUUUCAGACAGCUGCACAUUCUGUACCUGCCAGGAGGGGAAGGCAGUGUGUCGGCAGGUCACCUGUCCUCCAGUAAUAUGUUCCAGUCCUUCCUUCACUGAAGGGGAAUGCUGCCCUGUGUGCCUGGGGUUGGGAAGUGAAGAUGGAUGGUCCCCAUGGUCGGAGUGGACGGAAUGUUCGGUCACCUGUGGGCGUGGCUUCCAGCGGAGAGGGCGAUCUUGUGAUGAUGUCUCCACGUCCUGUUCUGACUCCUCCCUCCAAACCCGCAGGUGCACCCUGGGAAGUUGUGAAAGCCGAGUCCAUGGGAACGGCUGGGGCCUGUGGUCUCCGUGGUCUGCAUGUUCUGUGUCGUGUGGUUCAGGUCUCGUUGUGCGUGUUCGACUCUGCAACUUCCCCCUCGCUCAGCGCAGGGGCAGCGGCUGCCGUGGCAACACUACAGAGACACAUCCCUGUGACGCUACACCCUGUCCAAUUGUCGGGGUCUGGGGACCGUGGUCUUCCUGGUUACCAUGCAGUGUGUCGUGUGGCAGUGGGCUGAUGAUUCGUCAGCGGGAGUGUUCUAACCCCGCCCCCCGGCAUGGAGGCAGGAACUGUGUGGGAGAGACGGCCGACUACGCAGCCUGCGAUACACAACCCUGUCCAAUAGACAGCUGUCUUUCUAGGCCCUGCUUCCCUGGGGUCUCCUGCCACUCUGAGACUGAUGGCUCAUGGGAAUGUGGGCCCUGUCCACUGGGUUACCAUGGAAAUGGCUCUGUCUGUGAAGACCAGGAUGAAUGUGUGUUGCAGGGUGUGUGUGUGACCGAGUGUGUGAACACAGACCCAGGGUUCCACUGUCUCCCCUGCCCCCCCCGAUAUCACGGCAACCAACCCUACGGUCUCGGACUGGAAGACGCCAACAACACCAAACAGGUCUGUGAGCCCCACAACCCCUGUAAAGAUAAUACACACCGUUGCAGUCAGCAUGCGGAGUGUGUGUACCUGGGCGUGGCGUCUGAAACUGUGUAUCAGUGUGUGUGUGGCGUUGGCUUCGCUGGGGACGGCUUCCUGUGUACUGAAGAUUCUGACCUAGAUGGCUGGCCCAAUCAUAUCCUUCCCUGCCACCACAACACAACCUACCACUGUCUACAGGAUAACUGCCCCGCCCUGCCAAACUCCGGACAGGAAGACCUUGACAAUGAUCGCCUUGGAGAUGCCUGUGACCCUGAUGACGACAACGACGAUGUCUUAGAUGAGAGGGAUAACUGCCCUGGACACUACAACCCCCAUCAGUUUGACUCUGACAGAGAUGGAGUUGGAGACCGCUGUGAUAACUGUCCCUUCACCCCCAACCCUUUACAGACUGAUACAGACAGCAACGGAGAGGGAGACGCCUGCAGUAUCGACAUGGAUGGAGACGAAAUGCUGAACGAGCAUGAUAACUGUCCCCUGCUGUAUAACACUGAGCAGAGAGAUACAGACCUGGACGGAGUGGGGGACCAAUGUGAUAACUGUCCUUUCGUGCACAACCCUACACAGACUGAUUCAGACAGUGAUCUGGUUGGUGAUCACUGUGAUGAUAAUGAGGAUAUAGAUGAGGACGGUCAUCAGAACUCCCUCGACAACUGUCGCUACGUUGCCAAUAGCAACCAGGUUGACCAUGACAGGGAUGGCAUUGGCGACGCCUGCGACCAUGAUGAUGACAACGAUGGUAUCCCUGAUGACCGUGACAACUGCCGACUUGUGCCGAACGCUGACCAAAUAGACGCAGACAAUGAUGGUCGUGGUGAUGCUUGUCAGGAUGACUUUGAUAAUGACAGUAUACCAGAUGCACUAGAUGUUUGCUCAGAGAACAGUGGUAUUGGAGUUACAGACUUCAGGAAGUUUCAGACGGUUCUGUUGGACCCUCGGGGGACCACUCAGUCUGACCCUCUGUGGGUGGUUCGAGGACAUGGAACCGAACUGCUACAGACUGCAAACUCUGACCCUGGCAUCGCCUUGGGUUUUGAUGAGUUCCGUGCGGUAGACUUCAGUGGGACAUUCUACGUGAACACAGACCGUGAUGAUGACUAUGUAGGGUUUGUGUUCUCCUUCCAGUCCAGCAGACGGUUCUACGUUGUCAUGUGGAAACAGGUCAGCCAGGCUUACUGGGAGAAGAGUCCUUCCAGGGCAUUUGGGAACGCUGGUGUCUCUCUCAAAGUGGUCAACUCAAGCUCAGGCCCUGGGGAGGCCCUCCGCAACGCCCUGUGGCACACAGGAAACACCAUACAGCAGGUUCGCACACUGUGGCACGACCCCAACAACAUGGGCUGGAAGGACUACACUGCCUACCGCUGGCACCUCAUCCACCGACCCAAGACCGGCUUCAUAAGGAUAGUGGUGUCUGAGGGCAGGUCCAUCCUAGCUGACUCUGGGCCGGUGUAUGACAGAACUCUGGCUGGAGGGAGACUCGGACUGUUUGUCUUCUCACAAGAACACAUCCUCUUCUCUGACCUCAGAUACACCUGUAGAGAUAACUGAGAUCUGUUCAUACUGAGAUAAUGCUGCACCCCUCCGUCCUCCUCCAGUCCUCCCUCCACCAGUUCACCCUCCUCCAGUCCUCCCUCCACCACUUCACCCUCCUCCAGUCCUCCCUCCACCACUUCACC